CUCAAUCGUGCAUUAAAACAAUGUCGCCGCUUAUUGAAGUAUGCAUCGACAGCGCGGAGGGCGCACAAGCUGCCGAGAAAGGCGGGGCCCAGCGAGUGGAGCUGUGCGCUGCUCUUAUAGAAGGCGGAAUAACACCAAGUGCAGGCAUGAUUCGCGCGUGUCGGAGCGCGUUCAGCGGGCAGCUCAUGGUGAUGGUGCGUCCCCGCGGAGGCGGGGACUUCGUUUACAGCGAUGCCGAGGUGCAGGUUAUGCUUGAGGACAUCAGGACGGCCAAAGCGUGUGGCGUGGACGGCGUGGUGUUUGGAGCGCUGAGGCCCGACGGCACGGUUGAUGCGACCAUCACUGGCCGGCUGUGGGGCCUCGCUAAUGAGCUGGGCCUGGAUGCAACUUUCCACCGAGCAUUCGACAUGACUCCUGACCCCAUCGCCGCCCUUGACUCACUCAUGAUGCUGGGGUUGCCGCGUGUGCUCACCAGCGGCGGCGCACCCUCAGCGAUUGAGGGCGCUGACACGCUGGCGGCGCUGGUACGGCGGGGCCACGGCCGCAUAACCGUGCUGGCGGGCGGCGGCGUCACACCCGGCAAUACGGGCGAGCUGGUGCGGCGCUGUGGGCUGCAGGAGCUGCACAGCACUGCCAAGAGGGUGGAGCGGAGCCAGGUGCUGUACCGGAGGCCGGGAAUGUCCAUGGUGUCGGCUCGCCCGCCGCAGGACUGGGAGUGGCCGGUGGCGGACGCAUUGCUGGUGCGGCGCCUGGUGGAGGCGGCGGCAGAGGCGGCGGCAGAGGAGCCGGGGGUGUCAGGAGGGGUGACAGUAGCCAGUCGGCGAGAGUGACUGCAAGUUGGCUGGGCUGCGCGUUUAGCGCUGACGUUUUCCUUGGUCUUGGUGGAGUGCGGCAGUCAAUCAUAUGGCGGGGGCGAAGCCAUGGUCUCAGUUGAGCGCAGCCCUGGCGGACCUAGAUGCGGUGAUGCAGGAGCACACAGUGACUCUGCUCACAUUACACGGCGCCCUUCACACCGUACGCCGUCGUGUGGCGUGAAGUUUGUGCUCUUGCCCCGUUCCCCCCCCCCCCCCCCCAAGCCCUGUCAACGCCUUCUCGUUUGCUGAAUACCGAGAGUGUCGCUAAUGCGCUGGACAUUGAAUGCCAGUAGUGUGUCCAGUGACUUACUGACCUAUGAACCUUGAGAGCCGGGAUAAGACCAGCUGUAAAUCAGCA